GCAAUGCACUCUUCCAGGUAUGUCCUUUGCAUUUUAGUCAUAAACAUGAACAUGGAAAUUAGUCUUUUUUUAACUAAAAAUUCAAAAGUAAAAAAGGAGAAUAAUAAUAUUUUGCAAAUAGUUUGUCUUCUAUGUGUGUAUAUCUUAAUUCUCCCAAAGAUGAGAACUCCUACUUUUCUUUUUUAUCUUAUUUUUGACACUUAAAAAAACACAUUAUAGGUGCCCAUACAUGUGCUCAAAUUUUGACUAGGCUGUGUUUGGUUGGAACUAGAUUUGAGUUUAAUAAAUUUAGAUGUUGGUAAGAAUGUGUUUUGGUUUGUUUGGCUAUUGGUUGGCAGUUUUCGCUUUAAUCAUU